CUUGGUGAGAAAUUCGGUGAUCGGUAUAAAAUACUCCAAACACACGACUGGGUAGUCCUGAGGAAAAUGCUUGAAUCGGGAUUAAAUGAUCAUGUGGAACGAAUAGGCGAGUCUGGGAGAUUUGAUGUAGGCAGCCUAUGCUCUAUUGGAGGUAUGCCAGAAAAUUCAGAUCACCCUGGUGUAUAUCUGCACAUUCUCUGGAGUGCAUCGAAUCAUCAGAGGUUGUGGCUUUAUGUGGGCCAAUCCAGCAAGCUUUCUGAGCGCAUCGCAAACCAUAAUGAUCCUUGGUAUCGGCGUACCCAUGCAAGUCUUCAUUACCAUGUCUGGGAUUCUGUCAAGGAUAUCGAGUCUACAUUCGUCACCCUGGUUGAGCUGAAGUCGGGUACAAACAAUGCAGAUAUUUGUCUGCUUAAUAUCCAGGAAAUGUGGAUGGCUUGUAUCUUUCAGACGCUUACCGCCAAGCACUUAAAUGAAUACCUUCCUCCGGAUGUCUGUAGGAUGUGGUCCACUCGCCACUUGAACGUUGUACCCCCAAUCUGGCAAGGGUUUACCGGAAAUGACUCCGCACCUGUCGAGGCAUGCGGUGGAAGGGAGGCAUUCCAAAAUUUCCUUCUAUCGCCAGAUCCUGAGAUCCGCAGGUGGGCAAAAGCUGUAAGGGAUUCAUUCAAUGAUCUUCGAAACUCUCCUGAUCCCAUCCUUCGGCUCCGACCCAGUUCGCCUAUGCCAAUAAGGCUCUACCAACGAACCCUGCAAGCCGACUGGUCGUUUGUAUCGAGGGAAUCGGAAAGAAUGGCUCUUUUCAUGUCUGUUUAUCAAGUCGGGCAGAGCGUAUAGUGAGAAAGAUGAAUAGCCUUGUGGACGCUUUGGAAGGGUACACACUGAAGGAAUCAAAA